CCCAUGUAUUCUCAGGACUCUCGACGAAUUCCAGAAAUAUUCCUGAAUCAGAGAGAAAAACUUCUUCAUGUUCUAACAACAUGGGAAGAAGUGGAUAAACGGUACAUACGGGUGGAUCUGAAGCUUCUAAGGCCGAUUCCGAAACUGCAAAAGAAAUUAAAGUGCAAUAUUUUAGUUUCAUUUGACAGUAUAACAGUAAUAGACCUUGGGAAGAAGGAAUUUGCGGCUGGCUUGUCAUUUGUAGCAAUUUUCCGUGUUCGUUCUCUUGAUGAUAUUCUUUUCAAACACUUUAGUUUAAACAGACUUGAGCGUAAAAGGUUGAAAGAGCGAAUAGCAGAAGAAACUAGAUUAAAUGGAAUACAACGAUUUAAAUCUUUCUCAUUUUAAAUUUUUAUUUUUGGUUUUGAAAAAGAUUAUCAGAAUAUCUGUGUU